UUUGGGGCGCCGGGCUGGCCCGUGGAGGGGGGCUGUGGCACUGGGUACCUGGGACAAUGGAGCUCCCUGGGAAGCAGUGAGGUCCCUGCCUCCCCACAGUGGGUACUGGGCGCCAGCAGGCUCGGACAUGGUCCUGAGAUGGAAGUGAAGGCAUCAUUGGGCAUGUACCACCUCCUUGUUCCUGUCACCCCACAGCUGAGCAGGAACCCCCGAGCCCUGUCCCAGCGGGGGUGGCAGGGUGAGUACCACCAGGCUGGGAAGUUUCCCAAGCAGUGCUCCUUCCCCGGGCUCUGGUUUAUGGGACAGGGGCUCACCUGGUGGCUCCCACCUGCUGCUCCUUCGCAGUACUCGCUGGCUCGGUCAAGGCAGGGUUUGCCCUGGCUGGCACCUGGGUGAGCUGCGAGGUUUCGGGAAAGGGGGUGUCCUGAGCUGGGCACGGGCUGGGCAGGAGCGGGAGCCGGGCCAGCAGACAAGGCCCCAUUGUGCCGUGCCGGGGCCGCUGGCUCGGCCAUCAAUAGCCCCAUUAUGCUCGGUGGCAGCCCCCGCAGCCUUCCCAGCCGGCACAGCCCCCCGGGAGCACCGUGGGAGGCAAUCUGAAGUGCCUGUUGUGUUGGGGGGCCAGGGUGAGAGGAGAAGGGUGAGAGGAGAGGGCAGGGUGCCGGGACUGCUCCACCGCCGCCUGUCUGGGUGCUGCUGGGUGCCGCGGAAUGCCGUGCUCCCUGGUGCCACCAGCUUUGGGGGCAAGAUGCCCGCUAUAGGAAGCAGGCAGGCUCGGGGGGCAGCUGGACACCCCUGUCCUCGCUUCCCCACCCUCACCGUCCCACCAGGCACUGCCUGUGCCCAAGGUGGCCAUGGCUGUACUUCUUUGCCCCGGGGCAGGGACGAGCAGUGAGGGGCUGACAUCAGCCCUGUGUGUGGAUGCAGCCAGGCCAGCAGGAGAAGAUGAAUGGAUCCGCGUGCUUCCCUACAAGACACACCCUGGCUAAAAUUACUGACCCCAUGGCAAGGACACCAGCCUAUUUUUAAAGCCUAAGGAGCUGGAUGCCACUGGUUGGUGUGGCUCAGGGCAGGGCCGAAGGGACGUGGGCAAGACAGCAGGCAGGGGGACUCAGCCAGCAUCUCCCACUGCCCUCCUGCUGGGGUGGGGAGAGUGCUUGGAUGGUGGCAGAAAGUCUGGGUGUCCUGCUCCUGCCCCAUGUUUGGUUUUGAGGAGCUUUGGUGAUUUGCAGUGCAGGGCACAUGGCCCCUCUGCUGUCCCAGAGCCUGGCUGCUGGCAGACACGAAGCCAAGGGCAAAUGGUCACCUUGGUCAGGAGGAUAGGAUCCUAUAAGACCAGGAUCCCUCCCUUUCCCUUUCCAAAAAGCCACUGCCCUACACCUGGACGAUGGACAUCCCCUUCUUCAUCACCACCCCAAAGGUUCACCACGUACCCUAUGGCCUGGUCCCACCGUGGCAGCACCCCACAGGUGCUCAGGCACUGGGGUGCACACAACACCCCCAUUCCCUGGGCAGCCCAGAUCAGCCCAGCACAGGGCUGGGACAAUUAAAAAGGGAUUAGCUGGGCUACACCAGCAUGGCACUGCCGGGAGCCGGUACCUAAUCCCGGCAGGAAUGCACUGGGGCCACUGGGGUCCCUGAUGCUGGGGUCUCACCAGCCUGCUAUGAUGGGGGUGGACAUAAGGCCAGGGUGUAUCCACAGACAGGGUGUGAACCUAGAGCUGGUGUCGCCCUGGGGCAUUGCCUCCAUGCUGUGCCACAAGGAUGCAGCUGUCUCAGGCAUGUUUGCUUGCUGCCAGCCCAGCCCUCACACUGGCCCACUUGGGAUGCCAUGAGUUCUGUCCCCUGCCUAGCACAUCCUUCCCCUGUCCCAGGAAUGUGGCAGCCACACAAGGCCCAAUGCCAUCUCAUGGCCCAACGUUAUGGAUGUGGACCACCACAGAUGGACUCCCAAAGUCCUAAAGCCACGUCUUUAGUGCCAUCACAAACCACCAGCAGUUUUUUUGGGUGUCCAGACCCAGGGGAGACUACUUUGAGCAGCAUAUCCCUGUGCUCGGGCCAUGGGUGUAGGCUGGGCUGAGGAUGCCACACUCCUCCCCUGCUGAUAAGUUGGCAGAGGCCAACUUUGCUGGCAAAGGCCACCCUGCUGAUCAAACACAUCUCUUGGCUGGGGAGCAGUGCCGUGCCAAGCCCAUGUGUCACAGGGAUGCCUAUGGCACCAGCUGUCGUGACACAGCUCACCUUGACCCUUGGACCCAUGGAUUUCCAUGUCCUCAGCCAUGACGGCUCCACCAGGGCAGAGGGAAGACCCUUAGGCCCCAGGGACACAGGGAACCACUCUGUAGCACCCUUGGGGGAGUCACUCCACAGAAACACCCGGGUUCUUCUGGUGAGGUACCAUUCCCAUUUGGGAUGCAGGAUUUGUACCCAUCCUGAGGGCUACUGGAUGCCAGUCCCAGCCCUCCUCCCUGUGUGCAGGGUAUCCAGCAGCGGGUGAUCCCGGCCACCCGUUCGAUGGCAUGGAUACCUGCCGUGCCCUGCUGGCUCAGCCCCGGCGCAGGAGAUGCAGGAGCCUUGGCCGUUGCCUGCUGCGGUGCCGCCGCCGGGCCCUGCGGAGGUGGAGCGGAGCAGUUUCCUACCGCUAACACCGCUGGGGGCUCGGGCGCUGCCGGCCGAGCUACAGAUGCUCGCCGGAGCCGGAACCGCCGGGAGAGAUUUGGCCGAGGCAGCGAUUCCUGGGUGCGGAUCUGCCAGCGGCAGGGACGGGAUCAAAGAGCCAGAGCGGCAGCACCUGCUGGUGCCGGCGGCAGCGACACCCCCGGGCUGGCGGGGAGCCAGGCCACCGGCACCUGGCUGCGAAACCUGCCGCGGGCUGGCAGAGCGCGGGGAUGAGGGCGGCAUGCCCAUUCCAGAUGGGGACCGUCACCGUGCCAGCGGCCAGCGGCUCCGGUGCCGGCCCGGAACACCCCGUGGGGCGGGAAGGGGUGGCCGGCGGGCGACGUGGCGCAUCCCUCCCGCGCCGUUUUUUUCCGGGAUGGAAGCCCGGCCCUUCUGACGCUUGAUGGUUUCUCCAGGCGGAGCCGCUGCCAGCAAGGUCCCCUCAGGGCUCCAGGGCCGGGUGAUGGUGACGUCACCUGGUCACCUCGCCACGCUUGCCGGGAGUGGCGGUAGCUGGAAAAGUCCCAACUGGGUGAAGGGAAACUGAGGCACGGUGCUGGAAUAGCACAGGAAGGUGCCCAGUGUGCAGGGCUGGGCACGACAUCCCUGUCUCCACCGUCUCAGCGCCGUCCUGUAACAGUAGGCACAGGGAAGAAGUGCCCGUGUGGGGGCCACCCAGCCCAAAGUCCGGCUGGUGCCUGGUCAAAGUUUUACAGCAGAGUAACCCCUGCCGUACCGGCGCCAGCUCCUCUGCUACCCCACCCGUCCACUCGCUGUCUCUGUCCUCCUUGCUGCCCAUAAAGCUGGGCUGGGCUGGGCUGAAUGCCAGUCAGCACUGUGGCACAGCCAGGAGAAGAGCAAGUUGUGGUGCUGGAACAGAGCCUGCCAGCAUGCCACAGUACCAGGGCUGGCAGCACGAGGGUUACUGGCACUGGGACAGAAGGGCAUUUCCCGGGCACCCUGCCUGGCACAGCUUCUGCCUGCCAUCACGGCUCUGGCUUCCUGCUGAGCUCACUGCCCGCCUGCGCCAGCUGCCUGCCUGCACCUGCACCUGGCCUGCCUGCCCCCGCUGCUGGCCCCCUGCGCUCCCUGCCAGCCCACCUGCGCCCGCUGCCCGCACCUGCCCGCACCCGCUUCUGCCCGCGCUCCUGGCUCCCCGCUGCCCCGGCCUGCCUGCCCCUCUGCCUCCCCGCUCACUCUGGACCUGCCUUCCUGGACUCCUGCACCCGCAGCCGCGGCGCCACCAGCCAGACCCCGGCCAUGAGCCGCACGCUGCUCCUGCUCCUGCUCCUGCUGCGCGGCCUCACCGCGGGCCGGCCCCCAAGCGCGGCCACCCCCCGCCUCAAGCUGUCCUUCCCCGAGCUGCGGGCUCGCCAUGGGCUGCGCCUCUUCUCGCUGGAGCACUCCUGCUGCUACGAGGCCCUGCUGCUGGACGAGGAGCGCGGCCGUCUCUUCGUGGGCGCCCAGAACCACCUCCUCUCUCUGGCCCUGGAUGACAUCAGCCAGCGGGACAGGAAGAUCUACUGGCCGGCUCCCGUGGAGUGGAGGGAAGAAUGCAACUGGGCCGGCAAGGACAUCACUGCUGAGUGCAUGAACUUUGUGAAGAUCCUGCACCCCUACAACCGGACCCACCUGUACGCCUGUGGCACUGGUGCCUUCCACCCAGUCUGUGCCUUCAUCGAGGCUGGCCAGCAUGCAGAAGAGCCUGUUUUCAAGCUGGACCCCCAUCACACUGAGGAUGGCAAGGGGAAGAGCCCAUAUGACCCCCGGCAUACAGCCGCCUCUGUCCUCGUGGGCGAGGAGCUCUACUCUGGGGUGGCCACCGAUCUGAUGGGCCGUGACUUUACCAUCUUCCGCAGCCUGGGCCGACGUCCCUCCAUCCGCACGGAGCAGCACGACUCUCGCUGGCUCAACGAGCCCAAGUUCGUGGCCGUUUUCUGGGUGCCAGAGAGUGAGGACCCCGACGACGACAAGAUCUACUUCUUCUUCCGUGAGACGGCGGUGGAGCGGCAGCAGGGGCUGGGCAAGACCAGCUUUGCCCGCAUCGGCCAAAUCUGCCGGAACGACAUGGGCGGGCAGCGCAGCCUGGUGAACAAGUGGACGACGUUCCUGAAGGCUCGGCUGGUGUGCGCUGUGCCAGGACCUGACGGGGCAGACACCCACUUUGAUGAGCUCCGGGAUGUUUUCCUGUUGCAGACAAGAGACAAGCGCAACCCUCUGAUCUACGCCAUCUUCUCCACCUCCAGCUCUGUUUUCCAAGGCUCAGCUGUCUGUGUCUACACCAUGGCUGACAUCCGCCGGGCAUUCCUGGGCCCCUUUGCACACAAGGAAGGUCCUAACUACCAGUGGGUGUCAUACCAGGGCCGUGUGCCUUACCCCCGCCCAGGCAUGUGUCCCAGCAAAACAUUUGGCACCUUUGGCUCCACCAAGGACUUCCCAGACGAGGUGAUCCAGUUUGCCCGUCACCACCCACUGAUGUAUAACCCUGUCUUGCCCCAUGGCCAGCGCCCCCUCUUCCUGCAAGCCGCUGUGCCCUACACAUUCACCCACAUAGCUGUGGACCGUGUCACCGCUGCUGAUGGCCACUACGACGUCCUCUUCAUUGGCACAGAUGUGGGCACAGUGCUGAAGGUGGUCUCAGUGCCCAAGGAGAGCUGGCACCACAUGGAGCCACUGCUGCUGGAGGAGCUGCAGAUCUUCCAGGACGCCUCCCCCAUCAUCAGCCUGCAGCUCUCCUCCAAGCGGCAUCAGCUCUACGCUGGCUCAACUACAGCACUAGCCCAGCUGCCCCUGCACCGCUGCGGUGCCUAUGGCAAAGCCUGUGCCGAGUGCUGCCUGGCCCGGGACCCAUAUUGCGCCUGGGACGGCAACACCUGCACCCGCUACGUGCCCAACACCAAGAGGCGUUUCCGCCGGCAGGACGUCCGCAACGGUGACCCCAACGUGCUUUGCUCUGAAGAUCCCAGGCGGGACACCGUGCCCCAGAAGCAACUCUACGGGGUGGAGGGAAGCACCGUCUUUCUGGAGUGCAUCCCCAAAUCCCUGCAAGCCCAAAUCCUCUGGACGUACCAGCGCACCCUGCAUGAUCCCCAGCGAGAGGUGCAGAUGGACGAGCGGGUGGUGCGGACGGAGCGGGGCGUCCUGCUGCGCAGCGUGCAGCGCUCCGACGCCGGCCUCUACCUGUGCCACGCCACCGAGCACGGCUUCACCCAGCCCCUGCUGCGGCUCUCCCUGGAGGUGAUCGGCGCCUGGCAGGCCACGGGCGCGGCAUCCGCCGCAGACCCCCAGCUCGCCGCCGGCAUCCCCGGCCGCAAGGUCUGGUACCGGGACUUCCUCCAGCUGGUGGAGCGCCCACCGCUGGGAGCCACGGACAAGGUCUGCCAGAGGCUCUGGGGCCGGGGCAGACCCCCGCCACCGCCCCGCACUCCCGCCGGCCCCCCCGGCCGCGGGCAGGGCGAGGAGCCGCGCAGAGCCCGCCGCCGGCGCACCCACGAGGGGCCGCGGGCCGAGCGGGGGGCCCCGCAGCGCAUCCCCCUGGUGACCCGGGGGUCGGCCCCGGGCGCCGGGCUCUGCCUAGGAGCGGGGCCGCAGGUGGGGCACAGCCUCGGCAGCGCUGCGCGGGCAGUGCCGGGGGGCUGCGGCUCCGGGGCCGCAGGAGGGCAGCCGGGCUGAGCAGCCCCCCGAGGGGCUGCCGACUGCCCUUGCCACCGGCUCCAACACCGGUGGGGACCCAGCCGGCUGCCGGCAUCGCAGAGUCACCGAAAUAUUUAUUAACGACUGUUACUAUGAAUGUAAACCUGCGGGGCCAGGCAGUGCCCCCCCCAGCAUGGCACUGCGGGAGGACGGCGCAGCAGGGUCACGCUCGGGUCCCAAAAGGGCUACAGGCAGCAGUGGGAGCGUGGAGGGGCAGCACAGGCACUGGUGGGAUGCAGGAGGAGGGGGGCAUAAAGGGGAGAUGUUGGGGGGCCAUAAAGGUGGCACCCACCGCUCUGGGUGUAGAACAGUGGCACAGGGGACCUUGUACUAAUUGAGCACAAUAAAGCAGAUUCAGCCGCCCACGGUCCCGCGUCCGAGCCAGAGCCCCAGGAAGCGCUCGGGGGCAGCCCGGUGCCCCGCAGCACAGACCCACUCUGGCACCCAAGCCUGGGCGGGUGGGAUGUUCGGCGACGCUGGAGGGCUGAGGGGAGUCAAGACCUGCAGGGACAUUGCAAGGUUGAUGGGUUUCCCCCAGACUUCCAGCUCCCCGUGCUU